GCGUCUGCCGGCCAGGCCGGUGUACCCCUAUAUAAGACUGCCGAAAGCUUUUGCGAGCCACAGGACCUCAGCAGUUCCAGCAGUCCACAGCCAGUCAGCGAGCACCACCACCACCAACACCAACCAUGAAGACUGUUCUGAUUCUCGCAGCCCUGGUGGCCAUCUGCGCAGCUAGGCCCCAGCAGGCCGACCCGAGGACGGCAGUCAUCGAGGAGCUGACCAGCGACAACAUUGGUGUUGGACCCUGGAGCUGGGGAUACCGCACCAGCAACGGCAUCUCGCAGCAGGAACAGGGCACCAUCGAGAACCAAGGCUCCGAGGAUGAAGCCAUCGCCGUUCGAGGCAGCUACUCCUUCAUCGGCGCCGACGGCAAGACCUACACCAUCACUUACGUCGCUGACAGGAACGGCUUCCAGCCACAGGGUGACUUCCUGCCCAAGCGCCGAUAAGCAACCCUCUACCGCACACCGCCUCUGAACCGCACGAGCUCCGUUUUCGCCGACAGUAGCUAUCUCGCCCUUGUAAGCGAAACGCCACCAUGAACGAUGCUUGUAGACUCUAGCGUCGAUUGUCGCGGGGUUUCUCGACACUGAACCGACCAAAGCACGCACACACACACACACACACACACACACACACACACACGCACACGCACGCACACAAGCAUACACAUGUAUACAGAUAUACUUGCAAUAGCUGCACCAAGAGGAUGCUGAAAGCAUCUGUACUGUAACAGACACUUGCUUUAACUCAAGCACAUCACAUCAGCAGUCACAACACAUUAACUAAUUUCUGCGUCGAAACAUCGGCGUCGCACGGCCAGUACUCAGACUCACACGGAAGCAUUGCCUGGUCGGCUGGAAACGGAGUACAUACAACAAAGAGCGGUAGGUGACGAAACUACGAACAUCAGGCCCGACGAAACUUAGCUAUGGACUUGGGAUGCUAUUUAUUUUCCCAAAAAGUAACCCGUUCACUUUCUUUCUCGCCUACCUUACCCUACCUACACUUUCUUCCAGAGGGAGGAGGAUGGGGACAUACGAAGAGCGUACAAUUAGUAUAAAGCGGACUGUGGCUCAGACAUGGAAACUUCUCGUUACAGAGACGUAUCUACCACUAUUACUCUACGUGGCAAUUAUGUACUGUAAAUAAAUUCACCGAAGCACACAACUCGACACACCUGCUCAUGAUUUUCUAUUUUUUGUACUAUACCUAUCUACUUAGCCUGUUCGGUGUUGUUUGUGUGUAAGGUGAAGUGCAUAAAUAAAGUACAACUCAAAACAUAUAAAA